AUGUCCGAGCCCAACGGACCCCAGGACCAGCCGACUGCAGAGCAACAUGAACCUUUAGCACCCCCAAAGCCUGAGAUCUCCCGGGGGUUGUCGGACCAGUUUGCUUUACCUGCAGAGUCAGGAGUCGUGGAAGAUAAGAAUGAAGAGGAGAAUACGCUGGCGAGGGAGACAGCGGUAGUGUCUCCAGUGAACGAUGAGCAGCAACAUGACAUAAGUACCGAUGCUUUGAAUGAGGCGCAGAGUGCGUCUGGACCUGGUCAAGAAGAUGGAGAUCAUGAAACUUUGGCGAGGGACAUUGAGCGGAGGGCCAGCGAACAUUUGGCCAGGCGAGCUGCUGAAAUGACGCUCAGCGAAGACACCACAGACUCGAAUAACGCACCUGCUACUACUUCAUCGGACACUAAACACGAAUUACCGGAAACGCCUCCUCCGCCCAUGCCACCACGAAAAGACAAGGCUCCCGUUCGGCAAGAGCCUGCGGAAGAAUUCGACGAGAAACAUCCACCCACGGCACGCGAAGAUGCAACAAAUGACAUACCAGAACUCCCUCAAGGAGCCACAGAGGCCACAGGCACUGAGAUUCAGAACAUCAUGGAUCAGUUUUCGAAUGGUAUGGGUGGGCCGGGUGUAGAGGAAAUCAUGUCACCGCGACUGGAGAAACAGCAGCCCAUGCUAGUGCUCCCGCCACGCUCGUCCAGCUUGGAACCACAGGCCAACUUCACUCUCAGCCCGCAGAACACAGGCCAGAGCACUACCUCGCCGCUUAGUCCUCAAGGAACUGGUAACUCGAUCGCAUCGAGCGUGAAUCGAGUCAAGUCUGCGGAUCAGGAGUCGAUCAUUAGCAGUAAGGCUGGGUCUAUUCAUCAACCUCCUCCGCCUUCACCUGAUCCAGAGCCAUCACUGCCGUUUGACUUUCAUCGAUUUCUGGAGCAGCUACGGCAUCGCACUGCCGAUCCUGUAGCCCGCUUCUUGCGAUCGUUCCUGAAUGAAUUCGCAAAGAAGCAGUGGAUGGUUCAUGAGCAGGUCAAGAUAAUAUCGGACUUUCUCGAAUUCAUUGCCAAGAAGAUGGCGCAAUGUGAGGUCUGGCGGACGGUCUCCGACGCUGAAUUUGAUAAUGCUCGCGAAGGUAUGGAGAAACUAGUGAUGAAUCGACUAUAUUCGCAGACCUUCUCCCCCGCGAUACCGUCCGCUCAAUCAAGCCCUCGCAAGGGCACCAGGGGUGGACGGUCUGCGGCAGAUCAGGCAAAUCCACAUGGACCGGGGCGACGAGGUCAGCACCAAGAAGAUGUUGAACGCGACGACGUGAUUGCCCAGAAGAUGAAGAUUUACGGAUGGAUCAAUGAGGAGCAUCUGGACAUCAAGCCGAUCGGAGAGAAAGGCAAGAAAUUCCUCGGCCUUGCCCAGCAAGAGCUGCUGAAGAUCAACACCUACCGAGCACCUAGAGACAAAGUGAUCUGCGUAUUGAAUUGCUGCAAGGUCAUCUUUGGGUUCUUGAGAAACACCAAGUCGGAUCAGUCUGCAGAUGCAUUCGUGCCACUGCUCAUAUAUACAGUUCUACGCGCGCGGCCAGACCACCUGGUGAGCAAUGUUCAGUACAUCUGGAGAUUCCGGAAUCAGGACAAGCUCGGUGGCGAGGCAGGGUACUACAUGUCGUCUCUCAUGGGCGUGGUCACCUUUGUCGAGAAUUUGGAUCGCACCACAUUGACCAUCACGGACGAGGAGUUCGAGAGGAACGUAGAGCAGGCGGUGAGCGCAAUCGCUGAGAAGAACAGAUCAGAAGAAUAUGAGGACAAGACACACUCUGCUGCAGCCGCUGGGCCUAUGCAGCACCUGAGCGAGAAGAGUGCUUUGAGUAGAGCGGAAGUGACUCCACGAAACAGUAUGGAUGCAGAGCACGCAAGUCCAAGACGCAACCCAAGCCAAAGACUCAGCGAAAAGGUUGCACCAAGCAACAAUGACGAAGAUGAUGGAGAUGCUGUUGCUGGGCUUCUACGAACCAUUCAGAAACCUCUCAGCAGCAUAGGGCGGAUCUUUUCAGACGAUCCUUCGAACGAGAAACCGCCGAGCUCAAGGCCGGCAAGCACAACACCGAGAGGUCUCAGUCCUGCACCGCGACUAGAUCGGCGGCCGAGUGGGAGUGGGCAGGGUAGUCAACGACCAUCUGCUGAAAGACAGCGAAGUCAGCAGCAGGUGAAUGCGGCCGAGGAUGCGGCAGCUCGACAGGCGAGUGUAGAAGUUGCGCAGGCGCAGAGAGUCAGGGCACAAGAGCAUCGGGUUGUUGUUGAAACUCUUCAGAGCAUGUUCCCAAAUCUCGAUAAGGAGGUAAUUGAAGAUGUGGUUCGGGCGCAAGAAGGCAAUGUCGGUAGAGCGGUGGAUGCCUGUUUGGCAAUGAGCGGUUGA